CGCUCCUAACCGAGCCAGCUUUGGCUACAUUAACUUGCAAAUUCCAUUUUAGUAUUUUAUUGUGUCCUUGACAUUUGUUAUAAUGACAAAACUAAUUCAAAAGGAGCACUGGUUUUACAUUUUCAAAUGUUUUUCUUGAAUAAUUAUCAACACCUGGCCAUACCCCUCAUGGAGCACAUUUACAAUUGCUGGUGUCAGAAAUUCAAUUAUUUUCAUUAGCAAUUAUCUUACUUUAUUCAAGGUUACAACACAGUUCUUUGAAGAUUUGAAGAGAACAGAUACAUUUCUUCACAACUGGAUUUCCUUGAAAACUUGGACGUAGUCUUAUCAAAAACUGCAUUUGUAAAAUUAUUUCCUUUUAACGAUAAGCCUCAUAUAAUGCAGUAGAAAAUAACUUAGCAAUCAUCUUGCAUGUUGAAAAGAAGCAAUCCACCACACUCCUUUGUUGUUGCUACUAUAUUCACACUUGAGUGACAUUUAUUUUUUAUUUUUUUAUUGGUUUCUUCAGCCAAGUUGGUGUUACAGGAAGCACAGUAUGUAUAUCCAGUGACCCCGAUUUAUCGUCCUCUUUCUCUGAACUGUCCUCCUAGCCUCAUCUCAUCGGGGCAGCAACUUGCCACAGGAGAUUGAGGUUCUCGUAAACUGGAGUAUUUCUCUCGUGUCCACACAGGCAUGACUGGAGACGAUGAGUGGGACUUUGAAAGAGCGAUUUGACUUUCCCAGCCCUCUUGUUCAAGCCCAGACGGUCAGAAGUCUUAUCGCGGCUGUGCUGAAAGAGAAGGGUCAGAAUGAAAGGAUUGACCCAUCCUCCACCCGGGGCCCGGCUGCGGAGGCUCUCUGGGAGCAGUGUUGCAGUGACUGUGCCGCGGUGCGUUCGGCUUGCUGCGACGCCCUGGUGCUUCUGGUCGAGCAGGACCACGCCGACCUACACUACGUACUGAACAGUGCCCUCAACCUCCUGCCCUCCGCCAGGAACGUGCAGGGUUUGAUAAAGGUCAUAGGAAGGCUCCUCCAGAUGCAAGCGGAUCAGAGAGACAAAGGAAGGGCCUUUUCUUGUCCCUACGCCAUCAGGAGUAACCCUCAUCCAUACAUCAGCGUGCUGGAGAACCGUCCCGAGUGCUGGCCCGUUCUGCUGCUGGAGAUUGACGACUACGUCCAGCGGGCUGUUGACAGGGCGGAGCCUGCGUACGUGACCGUGCUGGCUCCCUUCCUGCGUUACCUCUACUGUGAGCCCCAGCGGGUCCUUGGGUACGCCCUGCUCAAACGUAGCCUCCUUACGGUCCUACUGCCCCCGCAGCCAGGGGCCCGCCCCCACCACCCAGAACAGGAGGGGGACUCGGGACAGAGCCCUGUGGUGCGCCACGGCCUGGUUUCCUGUCUUUAUGAGUUGAUUCCUCACAUGCAGGCUGACAGUGUCGAGGCGAUGUUGGAGCUGCAGUGCUUGGUGGAGGCCCUGAUCCCAGCCCUGGAGGGGGCCCUGGGGGGCCGAUGGAGGACUGAGAGGGCCCGGCUGGCCCUGCAGCUGCUGUGCGCCUGUCAGCUCGGCCUGGAGCUCAGCGGGGACUGCAGACCCCUGCUACAACUGCUGCACCAGCUCAUCCCCGUCCGCACCGAGGAGUUCCCGGUGGAGGAGAUGAUGGUGGGCUUGGCUUUGCUCCUCCUCCAGGCUUCAGCGGCGCAGCAGACUGGGCUACUCACCCUGGCUCUGAAACUCACCCCCCCUGAGUGUGAGAGCCCUCCCUGGGGGGCCGUGUUGCUGGUGAUGCCCCUCCUGCAGGUCCUCUCCUGCUCUGCCCUCAUGGAACCCCUGACGGAUCCCCAGACACACGCGCGCAACCAGAGCCUGGCCCAGAGUCUUCUGCAGGAGGCGCAGAGAGAGACCUCCAGACCUGCUGAGAACAUUCCGCAGCUAGCCUUACCUCUCAGCCCGUGGUCCGGCGAAGUGUUGGUGACCGCCCAGGUCUUACGCCGGGUGACCGGGGACCCGGUGGCGGCCAGCGAGUGGCUCGUGGCGGUGACCCUGGCCGUUCCUCUGUGCCAGCGCGUCCCCUCUCCCGUCACCCUCGUCGUGGCUCACCUGUUGGUCACCGGCCAGACGGACGUCUGUCGCCUGGCACUGAAGGCCGCUGCCGCCAUCGCCCAGGCCGACCCCGCGCAGGUCCCAUCCCUCCUUCCAGUUCUGUUGUUUAAGCUGGGGAAGGAGUGUGACCCGGGCCUGUCCCAUGCCGUGCUUUACUCGUUGCCAAGCUUCGGGACCCACAAGUUGUGUGUUCCCCAGGUGCUCCACACUUUGCAGAUGCUCGGCAGCGCCCCCAGGCUGAGGGCUGUGUCACUGCGCCUCAUGACUGCUUUGUGGGAGAAACAGGACCGUGUGUACCCAGACCUCCAGAAGCUCAUGUCCCAGCUGGAGAAGUCGUCCGUGGUCCUGGGCAAGGAGGCCCAGUGGGAACAGAUCCUGGCCAGGGCAGCCUGUGUCAGGGACAUCUGCAGAGAGAGGCCCUAUCAGCAUGGAGCAGACAUGCUCGCCGCCAUCAUCCUCAUUCUGGACCAGUGUUCCCGACCGGACCAGGCCAGCCCCGCUGCUUUGGCCCUGCAAGGUCUUUACCAGCUGGUCCGGGCCGAGGUGGUGGACAUCGGCUCCACGUGGAAGGCCCUGGGCCCUAAGCUGAGCGUCGACUCCAGACCGUUGGUGGCCAAGGCCACAGCGGAGCUUCUGGCACUACUGCCGCAGCUCGCCGUCAAAACGGAGGAGUAUGAGAAACUCAAAGAGCAGGUGGUCAGCUUGCUCUGGGGCUACGCUCUCGACAAGGAUCCUGAAGUGGGCCGCAGUGGCUACGUCGCUCUGUCCGAGUUCCCCGAGACGGCGCACACUCUCCUGCACCUCCCCGAGGAGGCCAGGCCCGUCGCCAAGCUUCCUGAAGAGGAGGAGCAGGGACCGGAGGAGGAGACGGAGGAGAAAGAUCUGUCCGUUCCAGGCCCAUCCUAUGUGAAGCUCCUUGGCCUGACGCAGCACUCAGUCCUGUCAGCUCUGGAGCUCUUCCUGAUGUCCCUGGUCAGGCAAGAGAUGAGCCAGAUGCCUCGUGGGGUGUACCACUCGGCCCUCAAGGUGGGGAGCCUCCGGUCAGACCAGGGCAAAACGGUGGCAGGGAUCCCGGGGUUCAUGUUGAAGACCUAUGAGAAGAACAAACAGCCUGGGCUCAAACCCGGCCUGGCAGCUGGCCUCCUCCUCUCCUAUGACCUGCCUGUCCAGACAGACCGCGACGGACGACCAAUCAGCCGCUUCCUUCUGAGCAGGGGACGGAGCUACCAGCAGAUUUUAGCAACUCUCAUUCACGAGGUGAACAUCCAGCCGUCAGAGUGGCAUCGGGCCCUCAUACUACCCCAAGCCUGGCGAGGCUUCAUGAGCCGGGCUUACCAUGCUGUCCUGCAGGGUCGUCGGGCGGAGCUGGAGAUGUUGCAGAAGCAGGGCAAGGGGAGUCCGGAGGAGCUUCAGUACCAGCAGCACUGUGCCUGGCUCUGGGUCAGAGACCAGCUGACUGAUGUUGUCAAAUCUGCCGCAAAGGACAGUCCGGUGGUGCAGGGGAACUCCAUCUUGGCUCUGAGCGGUCUGGCGGCGGUGCUGGCCAAGUACGAGAGCAACCUGCCAGCGAGCGCAGAGGGAGGCCUGGGGGUGGGACCUGAGAUCCUCCCCUCUUCCACCUGGUUGGCCAUGGUCCUGGACACACUCCUCAGUGUCGUCAGUAGCACCUACAAGCCCAAAGGACAAGUCUUCCCUUGGUUCCUACAUCGCUCCUACUCGGGUGAGAACACAGCCAGUGCCAUCGCCCGCUCCUGUGCCGCCCUGGCUCUGUCUCUGGUGGUGCCGGUGCUGGUGGCUUGGCACAAAGACAGUGUGCCUCAGGUGCUGGCCACCCUGAGGGCAGGGCUGCCCGGUUCGCCCACGGCAGACGACUCCCAGGCUGUCCAGUUCCACUCUGGCCUCGCCCUGGGCCUGCUGUUGUCCUGCCUUCACCAGGAGAGACUCAGUGACGUGUCGGGUCAGAAGAUGACAGAUCUGUUGAUGAGUUCUCUGGACACUCUGGAGGCCUGCUGCUUCGACAGCAACCUGGAGUACAAUGCGGGCUGCGUGCUGGGUCUGGGCCUGGCGCUGGGGGCCCUGAGUGGCGGCGGCCCGACAGAGCACGGGGCCCGCGUGGCCCUCACCCUGGACCGGCUACUGGAGGUCCUGCAGGGAGACGGCAACAGCCAGGGACGCAUGUUCCAGGAGGUGUUGGCCUACUCCGUGGCCGGCGUCGGGGUGGCGGCCUUCAGCGGGGGGGUGAUCGACGCCGCCAAAGCGGAGGAGGUCAUGACGUCGCUACGCAGGAUGACCGAGGAGAGUCAGCAGACUCCAGGUUUGUCCUUGGCUCUGGGUGUGGUCGUUCAUGGCCUGUCGACCUGUGGCCACGGAAAGGCAGAAGACCUCCAGCCCCGCCUCCUGGCUGCCUGGACCAAGAUCCUACUGGCCGAGGGAUGUCCGACCAUGCAGAGGCUGGCUGCUGCUAACGGCCUGGUGGCUCUGGUGGGAUCCGAGACUGGCCUUCUCCAGCUGAAGAAUGAAUCUGAGCUGUCUUCCCAGCAGCAGGCCAGACUAAACGAGGUCAUACGGGCCAUCACACAGAUCAUCACAUUCUCUGGAGCCAUUGGGCUGCAGUGUAACAGUGCCUGUCUGGUGGGCCACCUUCACUUGGCCCACAUGUCUACCAGCCACAGCCGUACAGCAGUUCCCCAGGACUUCAGUUACCUGCCAGAGAGGAGUGUGAUCAGGUCUGUUGUGGACUUCCUGACUGAAGCAGGGAGGAAAGGUCCGGAGUUCGCCCCCCCUGGCCUGGUGAAGACAGCCCUGGGUCCCCUGGCCACAGUGGGGGGCAGGUACCAGUACCCCCCCGUCAACUGGAGCGCCAUCCUGUCCCCUCUUAUGAGGCUCAACUUUGGUGAGGAGGUCCAACACCACUGCAUAGAGCUGGCGGCCAAACAGGCCCAGUCUUCCCAGAGUGCAUCGCUCUUCUUGGGGGUGUGGCUCAGCCCUCCCUUAGUCCACAGCCUCAGCGUGCGCACCCGAGCCCACCUGUACGCCACUCUGUCCGCGUGGAUGAAGCACGUGUCUGAGGACAAGCUACAGGUCUUCCUGGAGACCCUGGGUCUGCAGCAGUUCCAACAGGACGUCCAGGCCCAGCGCCAGGCCCUCCGCCUGGCCCUCCUCCAGGGCCUCUCCCAGGCCAUGGCCCUGCCCAACCCCCCAAACGCCAUCUGGUCCGUCCUGUGUUCCACAACGGAGAGGGCUUUCCACCUCCUCUCCAACCACAUACGGGACCAUGAGGCGGAGCUGUACGUGGAAGUCUCCAAAUGUCUGUCUGAGUUGGCCGACGCUGAGAUCGACCGCAUCGCCCAGGUCACCGAGGACCAGCUGGAGAAGACGGCCUUCGUCCUGGCCCGUCUCACCUCCCUGGGACGAGUGCCACUUCUGGGCCUCAACGAUGUCAUCGCCGGCGUGCUCCGGGGUUGGUCCAGCCACAGGGUGGGCUGGGUCCUCCUGCAGACAUUCUACCAGUGCCGCCUGGCCGCCAGUCCCAACACAGGUGUGUCCAAACGAAUGGAGUGGCUUUUGGAGUUGAUGGGACUCAUCAGAAACGUCGCCUACGGAGCCACCCCUGUCAAAUGUGGAGACGCCAGACAGGCCACAGACUUCCUGCUCCAGGUAUUUGCUGCGGCGGUCGUCUCCUGGGCCGACCACACCAUGCCCCUCCUACUGGGCCUCAGGACCCAGUGGUUUCCAUGGCAACAGGGGGCAAAGCCGCCCGGUCUACCACACGCCCUGUAUGGUGACGCCGCACUGGCCGAGCAGUCGGUCUCGCUAUGCCUGCUGGGAUUGCCCUACAGUCUGAGGCAGCUGUUGGCAAAAGAGCCCUGGAGGGAGCAGUCCCUUAAGUUUAUUGAGUGGCUCUUCAGCAUUGCAGAGGGUCCUGAAACAGGUCUGUCAGGGACAUCCAUCAACACUGCUUAUGCUGCCUUGCUGGCUCUGAAGUCCUCCGCAGAGUUCAAGAAGAAAGCGGUCUGGACGAGAGCAUACGCCUGGUAACCUUCCGCUCUCCUCUGAGCUAACAGGAAGUCGUGUGACUGUUAUUCAGCCCGGCCGGGCCCUUCUCCAGCUGCCGUGCCUCAAAACCUUCCACGUUGGGUCUGCCUGUUGCAGUGCGUGUGUGGGUCGUACCACAGAGGGAGCAGAUAGGCCUGGGCGUAUCCACUUUCUCCCACGAUAGACGAUACUGAGGAACCUGCCUUAACAUUCCUGCUUGGUUUACAAUAGUCUCCUUGAGUGAGGUUACUCAGAAAAAUAUGCCUUCGUUGUGCAACCACAAGAUCCCCAUUGAAAUGACAGUGCAAGAUGUAAACACUA